AUGAUCUUCUAUAAUGAUCUGCGUGAAUGGCCGUCAAUUAUGUUAAAAGAAGGUCAUGAAUGGUUAAAAACUGAUUUCAAUUUUCAAUUGCCUUCAUUUUGUAAUAGUACAAGUAGUGCAACAUCACGUGUACAGAAUCCAGAAGAAGGUUGUUUUAUAUUAAAUCAUGAUACACCAAUAUUAAAUAGACAAACAGCAUAUAAUACAUCAGAUGACUUACUGAAUUUAAUAAUGGAUCCAUUGUACAAGUAUUGGUUUACUAAUCCAAAUCAAACAGUAUAUAUUGCAUUAUGUUUCAAAUUUGAUAUAAGUUCACAUGCAGAUGUAUGUGAUAAUAAUACAGGUUUAUUAUGGAGAAGAUAA